AUGCAGGCCUUCAGACUCGCUCUCGCGAACAAUGCUAUCGUGACGGGCAUACACUCUAUCCCUCCGCACUCGGCUGCAUCUCCUGUUCGCUACCGUCCACUGAUUGUGGCUUUGCAUGGUGGGACGUACGACUGUCAUUACUUCGAUGGGACUCCGGAGUGUUCUGCCUCUGUUGCGAGCGUCGCCUUCGGAAUUCCGUUUGUAUCGAUCGAUCGACCCUGCUAUGGGGCCACAAGUUCCUUCCUACCCAUUCCUGAAGGAUCUGACUUCAACCAGCAAACGGGCCUCUGGUUGCAUCGGCAUAUCCUUCCAACUAUAUGGUCUAAGUUUGGCGAAGGCUGUAACUGUAUUGUUCUCCUAUGCCAUAGCCUUGGUGUAAUCGGGGGCAUUAUUGCAGCGGCUAUGCAUGGACAGGAUGAGAACUCAUCAUACCCCCUGGGAGGCCUUAUUGCAUGUGGGCUGGGUGAUAAGCCACCGUUGUCGGCAGAUGGUGCUCCUGCGAACUUGCAUGCAAGGAUAGGGCCCGACCAUCUUAUAAUGCCUGUGGACAUUAAGGACAGAGUAAUGUUCCGGCCUCGAACUUGCAGCCCAGAAGUUCUGGCUCAAAGCGCGCGCCUUAAUGCACCAAUUCCAGAUGCAGAGGUACAGCAUUUCCGAGAUUUUUGGCUUCCUACUUGGCGGGAGAAAUGGGCACGCUAUGUGGCAGUGCCGGUCAUGUUUGCUCUUGUGGAGAAUGAUCCCUUCUUCGAGGCCACAAAGCAGGAACUCGAAAUUUGCAUGGCAGCAUUCACUAGUAGUAUCCGAGUUGAUGGCAGCUUGAUUAAUGGCGCCCCUCAUUGCAUGGAGUUGAGUUAUUGGUCUCAGGGAUGGUAUGCUCGUUGUUUUGGGUUUGCGAUGGAAUGUUCUGCUGGCAUAGCUGUUUUAAACCAGGAGUGA